AAAGACUUUUUCAAUCUAUAGUCAAAACUAAAAAUUUGAUCAUCCAAUUAGAAUGGCACCACAUAAAUUAGGAUAAGGAUUGUAAGAAUUACAAAGAAUACCUAUGUGAAAAUGAUCUCUCUCUAUAUAUAUACACACACACUUGUUCUUUGUGAAUUGACAUGAAGAGAAAUCGUAAUCCACAAACAAUAAAGCUUCCCUUGCGCAAAUCUAUCGAAUAAGUCGGCGAUCAAGGGAAUAGGGUAUUUCUUCUUCACGGUUAUCUUUGUAUAGUAAUGGAGGUGGUGAAAAACAAAAAGUAUGGAGCUCAUAUUUUGGCUCUACCUUAUCCAAGCCAAGGCCACAUAAAUCCUAUGCAUCAAUUUUGCAAACGUUUAGUUUCCAAAGGUCUAAAAACCACUCUAGCCAUUACAACUUUCAUUUCCAACUCGACACGUCCAAUUCCAACCACCGUAGUAGGUAUAGAGACUGUUUCCGAUGGAUUUGACAGAGGCGGCUACGCUGAAGCUGAGAGCGUAGCCGCCUACCUCGAACGCUUCGAGGAAAUCGGGUCCAAAACCCUAGCCAAUCUCAUCAAAAAGUAUGAAAAGAUGGAGCUUCCUAUUACUUGCAUCAUGUAUGAUGCCUUCAUGCCUUGGGCUUUGGAUGUAGCUAAAGAGCAUGGGUUAAUUGGAGCUUGUUUUUUCACUCAAGCAUGUACUGUGAACUAUAUAUACUAUUAUGUUCAUCAUGGAAAAUUGAUGUUGCCAAUUUCUUCAACUCCAGUGAAGAUACCAGGAUUGCCUCAUCAGCUACAACUUCAAGAUAUGCCUUCAUUUAUUUACAAACAUGGUACAUAUCCAGCCUAUUUUGAAUUGGUGUUGAAUCAGUUUAGGAAUGUGGACAAAGCUGAUUAUGUAUUUGUGAACUCAUUCUACAAGUUGGAGGCAGAGGUAGCAGACAGAAUGGCCAAAUUCAGCCCAUUAUACACCAUAAGGGCAACUUUACCAUCUUUCUAUAUGGAUAAUAGAGUUGAAAAUGACAUUGAACGUGGUCUCAAUCUGCUGCAGGUAGCAGACACAAUGGCCAAAUUCAGCCCAUUAUACACCAUAGGGCCAACGUUACCAUCUUUCUAUAUGGAUAAUAGAAUUGAAAACGACAUUGAAUAUGGUCUCAAUCUAUUCCAUGUGGAUAAUGCUUCUACAUGUAUCAACUGGCUAAAUACAAAGCCAGAAGGAUCAGUUGUUUAUGCAGCUUUUGGUAGCAUGUCAAGCUUCGACAAGAACCAGAUUGAAGAAAUUGCUCAUGGAUUAAAAGCAACUAAUAGCUACUUCUUGUGGGUGAUUCCGACAUCCGAAUUAGAAGCAAAAAUUCCGGAAAAAAUCAUCGAGGAAACUCGUGCGAAAGGACUAGUAAUAAAGUGGAGUCCACAGCUGCGAGUCUUGUCUAACAAGGCGAUAGGAUGUUUUUUCUCACACGGUGGAUGGAAUUCGACAGUUGAAGCAUUGAGUUUCGGUGUGCCAAUGGUGGUAAUGCCACAAUGGACUGAUCAAACAACGAAUGCGAAGUUAGUACAAGAUGUUUGGUGUGUAGGGGUGAGAACUAAAGUGAAUGAUGAAGGGAUUGUUGUAAGAGAAGAAAUCGAGGAAUGUGUAAACAAAGUACUAAAAGGAGAAGAAGGGAAAGAAAUGAAGAAGAAUGCAAUCAAAUGGAAGGAUUUAGCUAAGGAAGCUGUUGAUGAAGGUGGAACAACUGAUAGAAAUAUUGAAGAAUUUGUAUCAAAAUGUACUAUGAUUUAAUCAUUGCAUUGCAUCCCCAAUUAUUUGAUUUCCUCUUGUAUGUUUUAUCUAUUUUUGAUCUAUUAAAUAAAUGGAUACAAAAGUUUUUAUUA